AUGAAGGAAUGGAACUCGGGCACUCAGGCCGAAGAGCGUGCUGUUGAGGCGUGGCAAUUAGCAAGUCAAAUUACAUUGAACUCGCCCCAUCUAUUCCUGCUAUGUCUUACUCGACGUGUCACCCGUGCAAAAAAUGCAACUCAGCAUCCGGGUAUCCCAGACAUAACCCCGAAGAAGAAACGCCGUACUGCAGAAGAAGUAGCUGCUGAGCGUCAGUCUAAGUUAGAUGCUAAAGAAGAGAAAGAACGCACCAAGAGAGCUAGCAUCAAACGUGUUGCUAAAUAUGAGAAGAACCAGGCGGACCAGGAUGUGGUGACCGAUGCUACACCGCGGGCUGCGCUGCCCAAGCCAAAGCCAAUCCCAAGCAAGAGGAAGGCUGUUGUGGCGCCUCCUGCUACCAAGAAGAAGGUUACGCCUCCUUCAGAUGCCGAGAUGAGUGAUGCACGAGCUGCACCUUCGGUACCAAGGCCAAGGCCAAAGCCAAUUCCUCGCAAGCAGAAGGUAAUUGUACAGACUCCCGCUGCGGAGGACAACGGGUUUCUGUCGGAUGCUGAGAUGGAUGAUGCGGCUGCUGAUAGCAGCGCCUUCAACCCCGAUCCAACCCAACAUUCAGGCACGACACCUGCUUGGGCCGAUGAUUCCGACGAUGUGGAGGAACUCAAGGCUGCCCAGAUGACCAUGAUGAUCCAAAGUCUCCGAACGACAACAACUUCAUGGUACUAG